GUGUGACAGCUUCACUCUCAUAACCUUAAAAUGAAAAUGGUUGUACAUGUGUAGUUGUAAACACGUUAUAGUUAUUUAUUUAUAGUUGUGGUCCUCGUCUUCUCUCAAGAUGGGGAAAAAAACUAAAGUAGGAAAACAGCGAAAAGAUAAAUAUUAUCAACUAGCGAAAGAAACAGGUUAUAGGUCUCGAGCCGCAUUCAAAUUAAUUCAAUUAAACCGUAAAUUUGGGUUUCUUCAAAAGUCUCGAGUAUGUAUCGACUUAUGUGCUGCGCCUGGUGGGUGGAUGCAGGUAGCGCACCAGAACAUGCCACUUUCCAGUGUGGUCAUCGGUGUCGACUUGUUUCCAAUCAAACCAGUUCCAGGCUGUAUCGGGCUCACUGAGGACAUUACCACAGAAAAAUGUAAAACAGCCAUAAAAAAAGAAAUAAAAACAUGGAAGGCUGACGUCGUGCUAAACGAUGGUGCUCCAAAUGUUGGUCUUAACUGGAUUCAUGACGCGUAUCAGCAAGCUUGUCUUACACUUAGUGCCCUGAAAUUAGCCACACAUUUCUUAAGAGAAGGGGGAUGGUUUGUGACCAAAGUUUUUAGGUCAAAAGACUACCAUGCAUUGCUGUGGGUGUUAAAACAGUUUUUCAAGAAAGUUCAUGCAACAAAGCCGCAGGCGUCCCGUAAUGAGUCAUCUGAAAUAUUUGUGGUGUGUCAGGGCUAUAUUGCUCCUGAUACCAUUGAUCCAAAGUUUCUUGAUCCCAAGAGUGUGUUUGAAGAUUUGGAUAUUGUGAAGAAGCAGCAUUUGAAUAUUAUGCAUCCUGAGAAACAAAAGAAGGCUAAGGCCGAAGGGUAUCUGGAAAAUGAUUACACCACUCACCAUAAAGUUUUACUUUCACAAUUCUUGAAACCAGAUCAGGAUCCUAUAGAUUUACUGCAAGGAUGCUCUGAGAUUGUUAUAGAUGAUAAAUCUAUUUUAGAAAAUCCUAAGACCACUGAGGAAAUUAAGGAGUGCUGUAAAGAUAUCAAAGUUCUUGGUAGAAAGGAUCUGAAAGCUUUGCUCACCUGGUUCAAGCAAAUGAAGGAGUUGAAGGCUUCACAGGAAGAGAAAACAGAAGAAAAAGAAGAUGGCAAUGAAGAAACAAAGGAAGAUGCAGAUGAUGAGAAAGAUGGAGAAGAUGAUGUUGAUGCUGAGAUUGCUGGAUUACAGGAUGAAGAAAGACGCCAAUCAAAACGCAAGAGAAAACAACUUAAUAAACAGAGACAAAAGCUAGCAGAGAAAAUGAAUCUGAAAAUGGUACUCAAAGGAGAUGGUGGGCCUAUUCUUGAGAGCAAUGAUAUGUUCCAGCUAUCUGACAUUAAAAAUGCUGAGGAACUGGCGCGCAUGGUAGACCAGCAACCUGACAUAGUUGCAGAACAAAGUGAAGAUUCAGAUGACGAAUUCAAAGUAAAACAGAAAUACAUGAAAUAUGACACAGAGUCAUCUAAACUGGAUUCAUCAGGAGCAUAUUACAAGGACUCAGACAGCGAACUGGAAAUGGAAUCGGAUUCUGAUAAUGAACAAGAUAAGGAGACACUAGCAUUUUCUGAUUCGGAUACUGAAAAUAAGAAAAUCGCCAAACUUACAAAACUCAACACUCUGCAAAAUGCUAAGGUUCCUAAAUCUAAGGCUAUUCCCAAGAAUCACCCACUUUUGACUGACUUGGAUAAUACUGACUCAGUCUCCAGACGCUCUUUGAAAGCAGAUCUAUGGUUCCAGAAAGAUAGUUUCAAAGAUAUUGAUGAAGAUGAUGACGAAGGCGUAGAUUUAGAUAAAUUAGCAGAAACUUAUGUAGAGAAAGGUAAAAAAGUUGCUGAGGAAGGCAAACCAGCUAACUUGAAAAAUGGAUUGAAAAGGAAACUGGAUGAAGAGAGCUCUGAUGAUGAUUCUUCGGACAGUGAUUACGACGUCGAGAACAAUGUAGCUCCCAGCACCGGAAAAGCUGGCGCUAAGUCCAACAAGAAAGAUGGGUUUGAAGUAGUUCCAGAAGACCCUGAGUUAAAAAGGCUGAAGAAAACUCUCAAAAUGGACGCGGAGACACUUGCAUUAGGGACAAUGAUAGCUACUUCAAAGAAGUUCAAAAGGGACUUGAUUGACGAUGGCUGGAAUCGUUAUGCCUUUAAUGACAAAAAUUUGCCAGACUGGUUUGUGGAAGAUGAGAAAAAGCACAUGAAAAAGGAAAUCAUUGUACCAGAGAAAUACACAGAAGAAUAUAAAACCAAACUACAAGACAUCAAUGCUAGGCCGAUAAAGAAAGUGAUAGAAGCUAAAGCAAGAAAGAAGAAGCGUACUAUUAAAAAAAUGGAGCGUGCCAAGAAGAAGGUUGAGGCUGUUAUGGAAAACGCUGACAUGUCAGAGAGAGAGAAAGCGCAACAAAUCAAACAUUUGUACAAGAAGGCGCAGACAGAUGGAAAAAAGAAAGUCACUUAUGUAGUUGCCAAGAAACAUACAAGUGCUAAGAGGAUGAAGAGACCUCAAGGAGUUAAGGGUCAUUACAAAGUGGUCGAUUCUCGUAUGAAGAAAGAUUUGCGCGCACAAAAAGCCAAGGAAAAGACAAAAGGGCGAGGCAAGAAAGGAAAACCGAAGACCCACAAACCUCCUCCCAAAAAGAAAGGAAAGAAGGCUAAAUAACUAAGUUUAAUGUGAUGUUAAAUAUAUUCUAUAAAACUCCCAAUGGA